UAUAUAUAUCACUCUUGAGGUAUGUCAUUGUAGUGUUUACGUUGGGCGAAAGUUUUGAGUAUUUUGCUUUAAGGUCAAAUAAAUGAAGUGUUGAGGGUUCAGGUCGAUGAGCAGGUUGUAAACAAUUGCUUCCUGCUUGAUUUAAAGCUGAAUGAUAUAUAUUAACACAGAUCAAAAAUGAGUGAAGGAAAGUCAGAGAAACAAUAUACUUAUUUGAAAAAGAAACGUUGGACUGAAGGAGAAAAACGCAUUUUAUUGAGAGGACUGAAACAAUAUGGAUCAGAGGACAUCCAGAAUAUACAACAACUAUUGCCACAAAAGUCAACAACUUCGAUUCUUAAUAUGAUUAGAAAAUAUCAAGCUAUUGCAGAAUUGGGAAAGAAAGAAGUGAACUCUCCAUUGGAUGUUUGGUUGAGAAGUGGAAUUUUUGAUAAAGAAAAGAAUUUUACUGCAGAAGCUAUGCUGUUUAUAUCUAUGUUCGAGGACCAUCCACCACCAGAAGAAACAGCUGGCUUCGAUCUCAAGCAGGCCUACAACUUUCUAUACGAAGCUUUAAACGGACGUGUGAUGACUACGUUACCACAAAAAACUGGAGAAAUGUUGAGAGAUUUAAUAUGUACAAGGGAUAAAGAAGUCGGUACUAGUGAUAGUACUGCUACAACAGAUUAUUUGCUGAAAAAAUUAUACACAAAAGAUUCAGACAGGUGCUACAAAAAAAGAAAAACCUUUUAAAUUUGCCACUUUAAAAUUCAGUAUUAUAUGUAUAUAUAUGUAAGCUAGCUAAUCAAUCUUUACUUUUAUCAAAGUGUUAAUAAAUAAGUACAGAAUAUAUAUAUUUAUUGAAAAAGAUAUGUUUGCUUGUGUUUGCUGUUAACCAUUGUAAAAUAAAAUUUUUCAAAUGUGAAGGAUGAUAAAGUAAUACUGGUGCGUGACGGAAAUAAAUCUCUUUAUAAUUAUAUUUUA